AUGAGCUGGCUUGUUAAGGAUUCAGAAACAGGCUUUGCAAAAUCAAUCAGUCACCCGCUCACCACCGAGCUUUGCCAGGGAGACCUUGCCGAUUAUGUGUUGUACACCUACUUGGUUCAGGAUUUGAAAUUCUUUGAGUUUGGCUUGAACGUGCUUGGCAAGACGCUAGCGCUAUGCGACGAUUCCACCGCUUCGAUCAGACUAGCUAAACAGAUUGGGUUCUUAGCCCAUGACGAAAAUACUUAUUUUCGGGAUACGUUGGCAGAGUUGGAAACAGCGGCGGAUCUUGCGCAGGUGGCAAAGUUGAAGCAGGAUAACAGUAUCACGCUUGCCGAGGUUCAGGGGUAUAUCGACUACUUGAAGUACAUGACUUUUGAAUGCGACUCGUACGUUGAACUCAUCACUUUUUGCUACGCGAUGGAAAAAGUUUAUCUUGGAUGGGUGGAAUAUAAUAGGGACAAGGGGCAGAUUGCAACGGGCCUCGCUGCGAAGUUCCAGAAUUGGAUCGACUUGCACAGUGGUGAUCAUUUUGUUGAAUGGGUGGAUUUCCUCUGCAAGGAAGUGGAGAGAACCACCACCACGCCGGAGGCAAGGGAAGUCAGCAAACGGGUCUUUGACAAGGCUGUUGCUUUGGAAAUUGACUUUUUCGAAAGUUGCUACAACUAUAGAGGUUAA